GUUACCAAAGAACCGUCUGGAAGAAGAUAGGUGGAAAUACUCUGAAUCCGAGUCAUCUUAUAAAUUUGAGUAUCAAAACGGUAAUGUAUUUAUAGUCGAUAUGUGCUCAAGCCCACGCGGACAAGCUGUUGCAGCCCUGCAAUAUUUCUUUGGUCUUCCCAAUAAAGGUUAUAAUUUUCUUAAUAGACCAAUAAAGAUUUUUGGCGUAAUAGACCAUCCGUCUCCAAAUGGAGGUAUUAUAUUACCAGACGUUGCAGUACGUCCAAGUGAAAUUUACGUUCAAAAACCUUCAAUUCCUGGACCCCCAACAGAUUAUGACGGUAAUGCUCACGCAAGAAUUAUUUGUGAGUUUCUUUUAUUGGAUUUUAAAAUAUUUUUUGAUUAUUUGGCAAUAUUACGGAGACAGGGAGCGAAAUCUCAAGAAUGGGAGUUUGGAACUAAGCAAGAAGGUAGCGAUAACCCCACUGGGUGUGUUGGUCCAAAUCUUCCCGCAUUUCUUAUCAACAUCCCAAUAUCCGAUGUAUUUUAUGACCCACCAAUACGAGCAAUUGAAUAUGUUCCAUUGGCUCCGCCUAUCAAUGAUGGUUUUUUUACAAUUGACCUAUAA